AUGACAAAAGUCCAAAAUUUGGCAUUGCGCCGAACAUGCCUUACCGAUAAUCCUCAAAAAAUCUUCAAUCAUAUCGAAGCACACGCAUAUCUCCGUGAAAAGCUUCCAUCCUUGGAAAACAUUUACGUCGUCAUAAAUGAGAUUCGAGAUUCAAAUACCAUUGAUAGAGAUGACGACAUCAAGUUUCAGCAUCUCUCAGCAAGGCAAAAAAGAAAGUGGGUAGACGUAGGAUAUGCUAGAUCAUGGUUGAAAUGGUUGAAUGGGAGAAUGAUGGAUAGGAGCUACAAGAGUGUGAAUCAUCAUUUUGUUAUGGUCGGUACUGAGUGCACGGAUCCGCUAUCUUCGGAAUAUGGAGAGAUAACCUUCGAGAGGAGGAUUCGUGAUGGAACUCUCGAACUCUUUUGA